AGACUUUAAGACUUUUUUUAAGUAAGCCAAAUUAGAUUCAAAGCUGUGACCAUGACCCAGGGAAAGCUUUCAGUAACAAACAAGUCAGACAAUGGCGCUGAUGCUCAGCCGAUGGCCUCAGCUCCUCCAAGUUACCAUGAGGCAACUACUGGUGGCAGUCCUUGUUAUAGUGGAGCUUAUCCCGAAGAUGGUGAGAUGCUCACAGAAUUCAGCUGGGAUGACCGAAAGAUCAGGAGGAUAUUUAUCCGCAAGGUGUACAGCAUCCUGAUGCUCCAGCUUUCUGUCACAUUUUCCUUUGUGGCUCUUUUUGUUUUCUGUAAACCCGUGAAAGAUUACAUUCAGACCAACCCUGGCUGGUACUGGGCAUCAUAUGCAGUGUUUUUUGUCACAUAUCUGACCCUGUCCUGCUGCCGUGGACCCAGGAGGCAGUUCCCAUGGAAUCUGAUUCUGCUCAUGAUCUUUACUCUGUCUCUUUCUUACAUGACAGGAAUGCUGUCCAGCUACUACAAUACUAAAUCUGUCAUCAUCUGCCUGGGUAUUACUGUCUUGGUCUGUCUUGCUAUUACCAUCUUUAGCUUCCAAACCAAGAUUGAUAUUACUUCAUACCAAGGUGUGCUGGUAGUCUUCUGUACAGUAGUGUUUAUUUGUGGAAUUGUCCUGGCAUUCAUCCUGCCCUUUGGAUAUGUUCCAUGGUUGCACGCUGUGUAUGCUGUCUUGGGAGCAAUACUGUUUUGCAUGUUCCUGGCAUUUGACACACAGAUGCUGAUGGGAAGCAAGCGAUACACCAUAAGUCCUGAAGAAUACAUCUUUGCCACCCUCAGCAUUUAUCUGGACAUUGUUUACAUCUUCUCUUUCUUUCUCCAGUUGUUUGGUACUCCUGAACGGCAUUGAAACGAGUGCUGUUUAACCUGAACCUCUUAUGGCUCUGAGUGUCUUUUGUCCCUCUGGUCUGAGUGAUCCUGUCUUCUCAAGCAUGAUGUGGAUCUUCAGUGCACGCUGUUGUGUUUCCGGUAACACUUUACAAUAAGGUUCAUUAGGUAAAAUUUGU